AUGGCACGCAAAGGGGCGGCCAAGAAAUCAAAACAACAAUCGACAGCGCCGGUAAGUGGCGGCGAGAAUGGCGACGUCGCCGGCCCUUCUGGCGGAGGCGGCAGCGACGACGCUGACGAACGCCCUCCCGAGACUGUUCAGGAUGUGGAAGUGGAGGAAAGUGAACGUAAUGGACAAGUAGGAGAAGGAGGAGGAGAAGGAAGUGACCAGCAGGACCAGAGCGCUGAGGCCCGUCCAUCCACUUCUCAGUCCACAAAACAGGAAAAGGAAAAGGAAGAGGCAGCCACAGCUGUAGAAGUCCCAGCUACAGCUGCUGCUCAAGGCGCCCCCAGCUCAGAGAAACAGACCGAAGAGAGCAGUGGCGGCGGCGGCGGUGUCCUGGACACACCGCAGCCGAGCACCAGCACCGGCGCAAGUAGUGGUAGUGGCCGAUCUCAGCGUCGUCGACAGAAGCCGAAGCGCAUGGACGACGACUGCUUCUUCACCGACUACCUGGGCACGUCGUGGAACCGCACGCCGAAGGUGGCCGCUACCGCCACUACUGCCACCACAACCACCACGGAAGCUGUGGCCUCCACUUCCACUUCCAGCGCAACGGCCACUGCUGAGCAUCACUGCAUCUGCCGCAAGCCGUACCGCCAGCAGACGCGCAAGCUCUUUAUGAUUCAGUGCGACUGCUGCGGCCAGUGGUACCACGGCAACUGCGUCGCCCUCUCUAAGGAUGAUCGCAAAAACUCGCGGAUUCUCGGCGGCGAGUUCAAGUACGACUGCCCGGAGUGCAAGCGCCUGAAGGCGGAGGGCAUGCCCGUGCCGGAGAUUGUCGCGCUGAUCUCCGCCAAGUUUACCGCCUGGCAGGCGGCCGAGGCGGCGGAGAUGGCCGCCAAUGGAGGCCGUGUGGAGGAGCUGGGCAACGCCAAGGAGAAUAAGGGAGGCAAGAAGAGGAGGUCGACGUCGACCGCUUCCAGAGGGCGAAACAACAGGGCACGAUCGGCUUCGACCCGACGCCCCAGUCAGUCGGCGGAUGCUGCCGCUGCCGCUCAGAGUAUUAUGAGUCAGGCUCGAAGUCAGAGCGUGGCUGGUCGGACGAGCAGCAGCAGCUCUUCGGUGCAGGCGAUGAGUCGCCAGGAGGCGAACGAUUUGAUCUCGGCCAUUGAAGGCAAUGAUGAAGAGGAAGAGCCGGAAGAGGAGGAGGACCCGGAGGAAGAGGUUCCACUGGACGACGAUGAUGAGGACUUUGAGAUUGAGCGGGAGCUGCAGAUUGUGGAGAAGCCAGUCGGUCGGCGGCAGUCGACGCCAAAGACUUCGGCUAAGACUUCCUCGACUGCCUCCUCGAAGAGUUCGGCAAAGGCAACUUCUGCUGGUGUUGGAGGUUCUGCCUCCUCCACUCGAACCAGCGCCUCAAAGGAGUCGGAGAAUGCACGCCGCCUGCGCAAGCUGAUUGGCAAGGUGAAGAAGCGCCGGCUCAAUGAUCAGCUGAUGGGAGUGGCUGGGGCUGGAUCGCCUGCGAAGACCACCGCAACUGAAGCUGAAGAUGGCGGCAAUGAAAACGCUGCAGCCGUGGACGAAGCUUCGAACGAGAACGAGGCGGCCGCGGAGGUGGACAAGGCACCUCGCAAGGUGCUGGACUUUGCUGACUCGAGUGCAGCCAAGGCGACCGUGAGCUCACCGCCUUCAGAGGAGGCUGAUGACGCUCCCUCUCAGGCGAAGCGUCUGAAGAUGGCCACCGCCACUGCUAUCACUGCAUCGUCUGAUGAUCAUCAUCAAGAGGAGGAGGAGAAAGAUGUGGGUGGCAAAUCAGCUCCUUCCGCCAAGAAGCCUUCUCAGUCUGAGGCUGUGAAGAUGAGCGGCGGCAACGAAGUUGGAAAAGCGCCCAAGUCUCGAGAGCGCACCAUCUCCUCCUCGUCGACUGGUGAACGAAAGGAGGGGGAGGAGG